AUGAUCAAACAGCUGAUAUUUGUUGUUGGGUUGGUGGUGUCCUGCAGUCUGUAACACUGACACCAUCUGAUCAUAUCAGUAAAGUUAAAACACAGAACUUUGUUUGUUCAGUAUGGAUGUUGUUGAACUUUUGCAUCAGUGUCAGUCCAUGUCAAUUUGUUAAUAAUGUAAUUUAAACAUCAAAAUUCAAUAAAUAAUAAAUAAUCAGAAUUAAAAACAUAUAGAGUAUGUUGACCAUAAUGUUUAUCUCAACCUUUGAUAUAUUUUGAAAUAAACUGUAAAUUUAUCAGGGAUAGGCUAAUGUCAGGGGGUUUCCUCUUUGUCCCUUUAAAGGCAGAGACAGCCCCCCCCCCCCCCCCCCAGGCAGGCGUAAAAAUCGAUUCACAUGAGCAUCACAAUUUUUUUAUUGAUUUUUUUUGUUCAAAAUUUGGUUUUUUUUCUCCAAAUGUAAGAAUAAACUGACUUAUAUUAUAUUAUAUUAUACUUAUAAAACUGACUUAUAUUUGAUGUUUAAUUUUUGGGUAAAUAUGGUUCCUGGAAUAGUCAGUAGAUAAUCAUAAUCAUUCAACUGUUUCAUUUGUGUUAAAAAUACAGAUUAAAAAUCCAUAAUAUCGCAGAAUCGCAAUUUAAAUCGAAUCGGCAUCCAAAUAAUCGUAGAAGAAUCGAAUCGGGAGAAAAGCAUAUCGUCCCAGUCUGGAUGCAGUAACCCGGUCAGGGUUGAACUAAAGUUGGAAUUUCCGAGUUCUUUUGAGUGUCUGUGAACGCACCACCACUCUCUCUCUUCUCUCGAGCUGAGACCCGCCCCAAAUUUGAGCAAGCUACUUAAUCAGCCAAUAGACGGUGAGUGAGGUCGUAAUCGGCCAAUCGUGUGUCCGGAGAGGAGUGUGUGGGGCGGGGCGUGUCCGUGCAGCAGGCUUCUCCCUGCUCAGCUAACAAUAGCCUGGGAUCGGCAAGUUUAGAGUGAAAAAAACCACCGAGGAGGGCAGGAGAGGAGCCGAGAGGAGCCGAGAGGAGCAGAGUUUACCGACUACACCACACCGUGUGUCCCGGGGUCGGAGAUUCUCCGUCAACAAACUGGGAUUUCCGUUUCCGAGCGUUUUUCUGUGGUGAGUGAAUGUUUGGAGUUUAUUCCUCAUCCUCCAUCUGCAGCAGCAGCAGCAGUCUCAGUCUCAGUCAGGCAUGGUGCAUUGUGAAUUAGGAGCUCAUUAGCCUGUGAACAGGAAAGGGUUAAUGGUUACUGUAGGCUGGGACCACUCUAUUAUUCCCUCAUUCUUCAUCUACAUCCAUGUUUGAUCGCGGUUCACACAGACCCCUCAGGCCGGAGAGAGUGAGCUGAAGUCGGCCGCAGUGAGCUGAUAUCGGUCGGAGGUGGAUGGUGGUGCUGAUGAUUAUUUUAUUACACCGGUUUCCUCCCAGUUCACCAGCUGGCUCUGCUAUCAUGGGGGCUGUUAGUGCUGCUGGUGACUUGGUGACAGGAUCAUAAAUGAAUGAAUGAAUGAAUGAAUGAAAUCCUGUUUUCGGUUUCCAUCUCGAAAAUGUGUCUUUAAGGAUGACUGUGACAUGAUUCAUCAGAAACACAUUCUCCUUUCAAUAAUAACACAUGUACAGUUUUUAAGCUGUUAUUAUCUGGUGUCAGAAGUUUUAAUUAGACGGUUAAUAAAGUUAAAAUAUCCAGAUGAGCAGAAAUGAUCAGAAAUCUGUCCUCUAAACGAGCAGUUUUCCAAUCUGCUUUAUUUCUACAUCAAAAACAUUCAAGUUUAACAAAGUUCUGCACAAAAAAAUUAAAAGAACAGGCACGACAGAAAACAUCAGGAGGAAACAAAUAAAAGGAAGGUAAAAAACAUUUAAAAUGAAAUAAAAACACAAAAGAAAUAAAAGUGAUAAAAGGACAGAGAUCAGACAGCUCUCAAGUCUAAAGGAGAGGAAUAAAAAUGAGUUUGAAGACGUGAUCUAAAAGUAGAAAGAGAGGGGAGGUUUUUUAAUCUUAAUUUUAAUUUUCCCCAGAUAUCAGGAUGAUCUGAACAGCCGGUCUGUAACCCCGGGUCUACAGUAGUCUGGGUCCACAGUGGUCUGGGUCCACAUUAGUCUGGGUCCACAUUAGUCUGGGUCUUCAGUGGUCUGGGUCCACAGUAGUCUGGGUCCACAGUGGUCUGGGUCCACAGUAGUCUGGGUCCACCGUGGUCCGGGUCCACCGUGGUCUCCCUGCAGGUUCACAUGUUUUCACUGUGUAUUUGAGUUUCUGUAAACCUUCCUGUCUGUGAACGGUUCUCAGUCGGGUUCAUCGAUCACAAUUUUCUGUCCGAUCUUCGAUCUUUAAAAACCUCGACCUGCUGAUACCGAUUUUUCUUAUUUUGUUCUAACUGACGACAUAAACCUUCGAUGUUCUGAUCUUAUUUGAAUGAAAAACAUUGAACACCUUUAAAUCAACACAAACUUGUGUUAAACUGACCCGAGGUCGUUCUCUCAGAUGGAAAUGAAAAGUUGAGAAUUUUUCUGUCCAAACUCCUAAAAUAUUUCGGCUCCUUCGUCUUUUAUUUUCCACAGUUUAAAAAUGAACAGUACUCGUGUUGAACCCACGCUUGCAGUGGGUUCAUACUCGGUUGAUCGUGUUCUUGAUGACUGUUGUUUGGGCCGCUGACGCACACGUGUUUGUGUGCACAUGCAACCUGGUGGGCGGGGCCUGUCAUUCUGGCAAAGCGGCUGACCCUCAGACCUUUGCUGAGGUCGAGAAGAUCGGAGGAUUAAAUCGGUUUCAUAUGUAAGGACCAGCCGAUCACUGAUCCCCCAAAACUGAGGAAAUCGAUCGAUCGGCCGGCGGAUUUAUCGGUGCGUUUUAGUUCUCAGUAAUCUGCCUGAAAAGCUGAGAGGCUCGUGUUUCCACGGAGCUCAGCAGAAACUUCUCCUGAUCCUGGAGAGUCCUGAUGGUCUGAUGUGUCAGUCUUAGUGAGUUUGGAGAUCUGCUGCAUGUUAUUGAUCACAGGCAGACGGGUCCUCUCUUCAUCAGCCUCAGGAGGAGUUAUUGUCCUCCUCAUCGCUGCCUCAGUUUUGACUCGAUAAAUAAACUCGUUUCUUCUUCUUCUUCUUCGUCCCUCUGCGCUCAGACUGUGAAGUCUCUCUCGGGCUGAACUGGGCUGACGUUGCCCUUUGCUCCCUCUUAUAAAAACCUUCUUUGGCAGGACCCGUUUCCUGGAUAAUGAAAAGCUGUAAUUUGCAGAAGCUGAUUAAAAGUCAAGGUGGUUGAGAGAUUUUGUGAAUGAAAGACAGAGCUGUUGUAAGACUGUUGAGGAAAGUUUUACCUGAUUUACCUGAAGCUGUUUCCUCUCAUAAUCCUCACCUGAGAAGGAGGCGCUGUGGUGUCAGGAGGAGAUUAGUCUCUAGGCUGUUAAAUAUCUAUGAUUUUUAAAGGCAUGUCCUCCUGAGGGCCUGAGGGGGUUCCCACACUUCUUCUGUGUUUGUUACGUAAGCCUGAAUGUAGACUGAACUCUGAUUGGUCGAGGUUUCGGAGUGGUAGAAUGGUGUGUGUUUUCAUUGGUGGAGCCCUGAUUGUAAAGGAAGUUUUACUGAACAGACUGAAGCGAACAGUGACGACUCUUCACAAACACACCGGAACGAUGAUGGAUGACUUCUUCUUCUUCUUCAGUGUUAAUGCGUGUAGCUGCUGCAGGGUUACAGGUGUCAGAUCAGAGCCGAGUUACAACACAGUGGAGAUCCUAAAGCUCAGAUACGUUGAAUGAUUCAGUUUAUCAUGGCGAGAUUUUUUUAGAGUCGGUGGACAAGUAAAGAGACGAGAGUAGAGCUGGGCGAUAUGGGAGAAAGUUUAUCACAGUAUAUUUGUUUUCUUAUAUCAGCUGAUAUGGAUCAAUAUCAGGAUCUAAAAAUCUAACAGUGUUUAUUGGUCUCAUGUCUUUUCCAACACAAUAAUCUCCUGCAUCUGUGAGGUCUUUGUGUCUCUUUGGCGUUUUGUCGUAAGGCGUCGCUCUAGAGAAAGCCGACUGAAUGGUCGUCUGUUUCGGCUCCUCGCUCCUCUCGGGGUUUGUAACCUUUUGCGUUGCGCGUGCUCUGCGGCGUGGCGCUGCUUCAGGUGGUGAAAAAGAUUUGAGGUAUUCCCCGACUUUGUGAGAACAUGAACUCGACAUAAUUUACAGUCCACAUUACUCUGCUUCAUGUCCGACCUCCAAAAACCAAAAUACCUCCACACCACCGACGUUUUCCUAACGCCAGUGUUGUGGUUGACAUUGAUGUGGUCAUCUGUUGAGCCUUCAUGGUCAUUUCUGUCGGGGGUAGCACUCAUUUUCUUUGUUUCUCACCAACAGUGCUGUCGGCUUCACCUGUUAAAGUGCUAUGGUUGGGUGGAGCUGCUGUCUGCUACGACGCUGCAGUUGGUUGAUACUUGGUUCUAAUUCAGAACAUGAUUGGUUCAGACCCGGAGAAACUCCCCUUUUCAUUGGCUGUUCCUAUAGUCGACCAAAACAUGUCAGAAUGACGACUAUUGAAAAGGAUAUUGAUCAUGUUUUAUAUUGAUAUUGAGGGAAAUAAAUUUUGGAUAUAUAUCGUUAUGGUUUUAUCGCCCAGCCCUAGACGUGGGUUAUCUUCAGGUGGGUCGGGUUCAGGUUAGGAUGGUUCAGAAGCAUCAGGAGUGAAUUCAUUAAUAUGAAGUGGUGACAGUGAAGAGGCCUGUGGUGUGGGGUCAGAAACAUGAGUGGGUCUCUCAUGAGUUCACAGACCGUGUUGGUUUCACCUGAGUUAAUGAAGAAUAAACUCUUAUUCCUGAUUAACGUGGACUACUCAGUCUGUCUCAGCAGAAGGAGAACGAGUCUGUGGACUAGAUUAUGGUCUAAGGGCACCGUGGUUACCAUGGAGACCUGGGCGUGGCUAAGAGCGUGUUUUAUGGCCCCCAUAAGAAGCAUGAGGCCACCCAGUUGUCGCCUCGACACCUCGAGAGAGAGAGAGAGAGAGAGAGAGAGAGAGAGAGGGAGAGAGGGAGAGAGAGAGAGAGAGAGAGAGACUGGAAGGAGUUAAUGACCCAUUUGGCUUCAGGAAUGACUACUUCAGGAAAACUGUGUGUGUGUGUGUGUGUGUGUGUGUGUGUGUGUGUGUGUCUCACCUGUCAUUGUCGUUAUUUUUAACCCCUGACUCAGUUUGUUUGGGGUCUGAGAGGAAUUAGACCUGAUGACCUACAAUAGCAGCUAUUUGCUGCCAGAGAGCAGACACAGACACACACACACACACACACACACACACACACACACAGGAGGGUAAACUGCACUGAAUUCUCCUCUUAUUUCAACCUUUUCUUUUAUCUGAACAAGGGAAAAAAAAUCAUUGAUUACAGUUUCAGAUGGAAACAGACUGAAGGAGAGAAAUCUGAAAAUUCUGCUGAGACAAAAUUUAACUGAUGAAAUAUUCUUCAGUCUGAUUUAUUUAAUGUUCACUGAAGCUGAGCGAUUAUUAUCAAACUUAAUAAAUAAAUAGAUAAGUGAGUAACAUCGAGGAAACACAGAUCACCUGAAAAACUGCUGACCACUUCUCUCAGUCGUCCUCCGUCACCUAACUGUGUUUGAGUUAUUUUAUUUUGAAAAGUAAUAAUCUGUUAAAGGGGCGGUCAGCAGGAACCUGUAAAAGAAGCAUCUUUAUAUUUUGUGGUUAUUAUACAAAAAAUCUUUUAAUAUCAGUCAAUAGUUAUUAGUUAUUGAUUAUUUGGUAAUAUAUCGAUAUCUCUGUGUUCUCUUAUGUCUGUGUCGUCAACAUUUGAACAUUUUUGAGCGGUCCGCUCUUUCUGACUGUAAACAAAGCCGUUCUCCACCUCCUCUAACCUGAUUGGUUGUGAGGCAGACGCUGCUCCCCCGUGUCGUUCAGGAGCCCAAACAAAGUUAGCGUGCUACAAUAUCGGACAGUAGAAACCAACCAGAAAGUUCGGAAAAUUGUCUGAAUCCUCCUUUGGCCACGACUGCCGACACAAGCAAGAAAACACUCAAACAUAAACAGUCAGCAAGAAAACCGGUCAACAAGAAAACCGGUCAACAAGAAAACAGGCAACACCAAAACAGUCAGCAAGAAAACAGUCAACACCAAAACAGUCAACACCAAAACAGUCAACAAGAAAACAGUCAGCAAGAAAACAGUCAACAAGAAGACAGUCAACAAGAAAACAGUCAACAAGAAGACAGUCAACAAGAAAACAGUCAACCAUAAACAGUCAACACCAAAACAGUCAACAAAAAAACAGUCAACAAGAAGACAGUCAACAAGAAAACAGUCAACCAUAAACAGUCAACACCAAAACAGUCAACAAAAAAACAGUCAACAAGAAAACAGUCAACAAGAAAACAGUCAACACCAAAACAGUCAACAAGAAAACAGUCAACAAGAAAACAGUCAACAAGAAAAUGCUGCUCCCCCGUGUCGUUCAGGAGCCCAAACAAAGUUAGCGUGCUACAAUAUCGGACAGUAGAAACCAACCAGAAAGUUCGGAAAAUUGUCUGAAUCCUCCUUUGGCCACGACUGCCGACACAAGCAAGAAAACAAAGUAAAUACCGGAGACUCUGGAGGAAUAACGGGCGCUUAAAACGGAGGUAGACCGGACAAGAGCUAAAAAGCCGGGUCAACAUAAACCAUGGGGGACGCUUGGGGAUCUUGGUGACCCUGUAACCUUUCUGCUGGACAGGUAAACCGCUUUAACAAAGUAAGACAAGUGUCUGUAACAGAAGUGUUUCUUGUCAAACGGACCUGCUGUAGCGUGUUGUAGCGCCAUCGCUAAACUGUCCUCCCUCGGGUCCUGGACUAUGUCACUUUAUCCUCGUUGUAGAAGUCCUGCAAACAUUGUGUUUGCUGGUAGUCUGUUGGCAUCUACAGUAGCACCAAUGCUUUUGACUUUCACCUUGACUGGGCCCCAUUUGUAAUGAUCUGAAGGAUUUAUCUGCAUUAUAUCUGAAUUUAACUGGAACGAUACGAGCGAGCAGGAGCGUCUGUUUGUGGGCGGGGCUUGAGGGGAGAGGAGGAGCUGAGGGGAAAACUGGUUGGAGGGGUGGAGUUUACAUUCAAGAUUUCUCCUAAAAACUGGAACUUCAUCAGAUCCUGACUACAACACCUUUAAGUGGACAGAUGCUCAGAUGUCAGUCAUCCAGUUCAUGCUUUUGUUUUGAAAGGACAGAGUCAAGUUACAGCCGUGAAAACUUAGAUUUAAAGAUCGUAAACACGGGUGAUCUUCACCUCCAUCAUCAUCACUUAUUUGACUUCUACAUUGAUCCUGUGACUCUCGUCUUAAAGGUGAGGUGUUAUUUUAUACCUGGAGGAUGAAAAGUGCUGAUGUAGGAAACAUUAAAUGUAGUGAUGAGUUUUUCCUCCAAUCACUGAACUGUUGAGUUUUUCGCUGAGUUGGCGGUGGGGCGUCUCAUCAGACUGAGGUCAGGACGGCGCCUCAGGAGGAGUGAUGAGACUUGAACGACUCUCUGGGUUUUGAAUGAUUGUUGGAUUUUUGUUUCAUGAUCAGCUGUGGAGAGAAAGGUCUCUGCUCAGUCUCUCACAGACCAACAGAAACAGUCGUCCUGGCUGUUGAGGAGCUGUUAGCCCGCCAGCAGCUGAAUAAUGGAUCGUCUGUGUGCCUGGAAGGCUGAUGGAGCUGCUGAGCCGGGCGUCUAGACCAACCCCGACAUGCAGCACAGAGCUCCAUGCACUCUCCGUCUGGAUCCAGAUGAAAGCUGUGCUCCUCCAGGAUAGAUUUUUUUUUCUCCCUCUCCUCCACUCGGUGUUUUAUCUGCUCCGCUGAUGUGAAGGCAGAUUAAAGGAGGGCGAUGGUGCAUCUCUAAGCUGUUAAUAGUACGGUUCAGAAUCAGAGAGACAGUCCUGAUACUCGGGGUGUAAUUAGGAUCAGACCUGAAGAGAGAGAGAGAGAGAGGAGACGGAGAUGUUCCUGCUUCAGUUCAGUCUCAUUCAGGAAGGAAGGAGCUGAUUGAGGUGGAGCUUCAUCCAUCUGUGUAACUUCAUCUGUGUGACGUGUCAGCGCAGAUCUGUCUGAGUCAGACGCUCAGAUUCCUCAGAGAUAAAUCCCUGCGUGAAAACAUGAAGACACGUUACAUACACAGGCGGGGUCUGAAGGUGGAGGGCUACACGCCUCUGCUGCGGCUGGUCCGGGUUCAUGGUCCGACCUUCUCAGUUCCUGCUACAGCGGGCGCCAAAACCAAAGACGAGGAAACGAUCAGGAUCAGUUCCUGAGGUUCGUCCUGAUGGUGGAGCAGAAACAAAAAACUGAUCUGCUGUGAAACGGACAACGACAGUUUCCUCUCAACAAUCUUUAAUCAAUAAUCAAAGUGAUUGAUCAUUAAUAUAUUCUUAAUUAUUAGUGUGUGAUCGUUGUAAAUCGACCAAUCAGAUCUGUUCUCUUCAAAUCAGGAGGACCUGAAGGAGGACUGCUGAUAAAAAACACGGGCAAGACUAAAUCCAGCUUCUCAAGACCUGACUGUGUGUGUGUGUGUGUGUGUGUGUGUGUGUGUGUGUGUGUGUGUGUGUGUGUGUGUGUGUGUGUGUGUGUGUGUGUUAAAGCCUGUAGACAUAUGGUGUAGGAACCACCCACUCAUUUGGAUCAACCACACCUUCCAGUCACACACACUCUUUUACAUCCUGUUUAACAACACACACACACACACACACACACACACACACACACACACACACACACACACACACACACACACACACACACACACACACUUUCAACUUUAAACACAUGAGUUUUUAAAUCCUGUGUGUGUGUGAGAGAGAGAGAGACGGGGAGAGAGAUAACACAGGAGUGUGUGUGUGUGUGUCAGAGUGUGUGUGUGUGUGUGUGUGUGUGUGUGUGUGUCAGAGAUAGAGGGAUAAAUGAAUCAUAAAAAGCAAAAGUAGGUCUAGUGUGUCACACCUCAGUCCACUCUGAUAAGUGUGUGUGUGUGUGUGUGUGUGUGUGUGUGUCUGUAGCUACAUAUUUCAGAGCUGAGGUUUUGCACACACACCCUGCAGCCCUGUGUCCAAAUAGAUACUGUGUGUGUGUGUGUGUGUGUGUGUGUGUGUGUGUGUGUGUGUGUGUGUGUGUGUGUGUGUGUGUGUGUGUGUGUGUGUCUAAAUACAUUGUGUUUUUGUUGGACAUUGUACGUCUACAAGGAGAUGAACACAUGACUGUUUCACAGGGUAACCUUGGAGACCUCUUCCAACACUGUGACACACACACACACACACACACACACACACACACACACAUUAGGAUCCUGGACUUACAGAUCUGUCGUAGACCACCUCUCACAUUUCCUCUCUGGUGGUUUUUCUGGUACAUUUGUGGUUAAACUCAGGAAUUAGUCAGUUUCACUCAGGAAUUAGUCAGUCUGUUACUCAGGUUAUAGUCGAUUCCACUCAGGUUCAGUUUCACUAAACUAAAGUUUAGUUAGUUUAGUUUUCACUCAGGUAUUAGUCAGUAAACUAAAGUUUAGUUAGUUUAGUUUUCUCUCAUUUUCAGUCUCACUGGUUUUGUUCCGUCACAGUGAGGAGGAGAUGAUCACGCUCACGCUCAGAGGCUGAAAUAGAUUUGUAGUUUCUGUAUUUAAACAGAUUUAUACAGAAGUUUGGAGUUGUUGUCAGAUCUUUAUCUUUGACUGAAAUAAUCAGUCUGUUUGUUAUAAAUGUUGGUUCAGUUUUAGUCACAGUAUCAAGUAUGAAUCAAUGAAUGAAUGAAUGAAUGAAUGAUGUCAUGGCGGUGGAUCUGUCAAAGUCCUCACACUGAUCUGUACGUAAACUUCAGUGUUUGUUUCUCUAAGGAGGCGGCGCUCUGAGAUGACGACCAAUCAUCAUCCAGAUAUUUCCUAACGCCAACAUCAUGAUGUCAUUUUACAGACUUUACUGAAAAUCUGAGAACAACACACACACACACACACACACACACACACACACACACACACACACACACACACACACACACACACACACACACUGUGAUGUCUGUGUCUGUGUGUCUCUAUCAGGGUCAGUGAGUUUUUCUCUCUCUCUUCUUCUCUUCUACACCUCCACACCCCUCAAUAUCUCCUCUUUCCUCACUUCCUUCCUCUCCUCUCAUCUCCUCUCCCCUCUUCUCCUCUCCUUUCCUCUCCUCUCCCCUUUUCUCCUCUCUCUCUCCUCUCUUUCCCUCUCCUCUGUUUUCUAUAAAUAUCCCGUCUUUCUCUCCCCCCCCCUCUCUCUCUCUUUCGUUCCCUCCAGCUUUAUAUUUUUAUUCUUUCUGUUUCUUCUCCUCUCCUCUCUCUCUCUCUCUCUCUCUCUGUCUCUCUCUCUCUCUCUCUCUUUUUCUUUUCCUCGAUCUCUCCUCCGUUUUUUUAAAGAGAGACGUGAACACCGCCCUCUCCGCCCUCUCCGCCCUCGCCAACACGCUCCAGAUCUGACAGGAGCGUCGUGGAGCGCAGCCGCCUGGCGUCUGUGUGCCCCCGCCGCUCUGAGUUGCAUCGUGGGGAAAACCAGGAUGAGGGUCAGAGUCUGUCAGAGUCCAGGAGGCCGAUCACUCAGUCUGAUAUCAGAGAAAAGAUGAACCUGUAAAACGUCCUUAAACACUAAAUCAGAGGUUUUUUUUAGUGUUUGGUCUGAAAACGGCUCCUGUUUCUCCAUAUUUAUCAGAGCAUGAGUUAAAGCUCUGUAACAGCUGCUCCUCAUGGAUCUGUCUAAUCUCACAGUCCAAGUUCAUCAGCCUGAAGGACUCGGAGGUGUUCACGGAUCAGACCUCAUCCUUCCAGAGGGACACAGAGCUGGUUUAGAGAUUUGCAGUCUGAUCUUCGGUGUCGGAGCUUCAGCCUCCUCUUGAACAGACGGAGUUUAUUUGGAUCUUAAGAACGGUUGAGUUCUGAUUCUGAACAUUUAGCUGUAGUCCAAAUAAAACGUUGAAUAUGAACCUGUUCUUAGAAAACACCGACUCUAUGAUACGUAAAAUAAACACUAACUCUCCUGCAGGCCGCCUGUGAGUAUCAUAGAUGUUUUUGAGCGUGAUAGUCCUUUAAUUGACCCACAAACUGACUUUGUAUGUAUACCUGAGACCCUGACCUGCAGCCCACCUGGACCUGGACCUAUGAUCAGCUGUGUGAGCGUCACUAUCGUUCAGUGUUUAAAGGUCACAAAGGUCAAACACGGGGGUCACAUUAGACCGAGGAAACGAGGGUUCAGCAACACUUUAAUGAACCAUCAGGUUAGUGUGUGUAUGUGUGUGUGUGUGUGUGUAAGCAUCAGGUGGAAAACAAGCACACACACUGUCUCCAUAUUCCAUUAGAUUUACAUUUAUUACAGUUUAUUAAAUUCUUAAUCAUCUGUAAUCUGGAGCCACGAGUCUGACCUCCUUGUUCCACGGUGUGUGUGUGUGUGUGUGUGUGUGUGUGUGUGUGUGUGUGUGUGUGUGUGUGUGUGUGUGUGUGUGUGUGUGUGUGUGUGUGUGUGUUUUCUCACAGUGAGCUGUGAAUGUGUGGACAGCUGCUUGGCCGUCACUCUCCCCUCCUGCCCUCCUGUUCUCUCUCUCUCUCUCUCUCUCUCUCUCUCUCUCUCUCUCUCUCUCUCUCUCUCUCUCUCUCUCUCUCUCUCUCUCUCUCUCUCUCUCUCUCUCUCUCUCUCUCUCUCUCUCUCUCUCUCUCUCUCUCUAACCUCUGAUGAACCCGACACACUGUCUGCUCUCAUAUCUGUCAGCGGUCAGUCUGUCUGUGUGUUGUAUGCUGUAUGUUUGUUGUGUGUAUGUUUGUUGUGUGUAUGUUGUUUGUUGUCUGUUGUUUGUUUGUUGUGUGAUGAUGCCAUCUGCUCAGAAAAGGAAGAAAUAGUCGUUUAUUUUCCAUGUUGGAUGUAAAUGAGAUUCUCUCCAUCUUUACUAGGCCUGCACGAUAUAUCGUUUGACUAUCGUCAUCACGAUGUACGUGUGUGCGAUAGUCACAUCGCAGAGCCUGCGAUGUUGGAGGUGAAUGAACUCAUUUAAUUUCAAGGGUAACCGACUGAGAUACACUCCAUGUGACUCUGCAUGUGCUGUGCAGCGAUCCACCAAUCACCUUCGUCCUUUACUCAGUUGCAAAUCAGACUCAUUUCUCAGUUGCCAAUCAGACUACUCUGCCAGCUGUCAAUCAAAAUCAGAGAGGAGGAAACCCACCCCUGCACAUGUUCUGCACAUGGAGGGAGACGUGUGUCCGCUGAGAAUUACUUUCGGAACUUUGCUGACUAUUAAGCCCAACAAAUAAGAACUGUAUGGGUUUUAAAUUGUACAUUUCCGUGGACCACUCUACUAUAAGCAGUGCGCGUUUUGCGAGGUGAAUGCAAUUCUCGGAGGACAUGCGUUUCUCGGCACAACACCGCUAACAACAACAACAACGAUCGCAAAAUGAACAACGAACAAGCGAAAACCACCGAAAAUGAAGAUUUGUUGCCAAAAAGAAAAGGAAAGUCAGUUAUCUGGAAUUAUUUCGGUUAAAAGAAGGAUGAUGUCGACCAAAACACGUGUUCUGUGUUCAUCUGUCGCCACAAUAACGUCCCAGCACAAUAAAAGCUAAAAAUAUCUCUGAGACAGACAGAAGCCGUUCUACUAACAUUCACAAAAAGAGGUAAGAUCAGAGCAGAUUAACUGUCCUCAAGACUUCAGCAGUGCAGCAUAACAUUAAAUGCUAUUCAGGUCAUCUUGUGAAAAUUCCUGUAUUUUUAAUAUCGCAAUAUAUAUCGCAGGGUUGAAAAAAAUCGCAGUGUUAGUUUUUUUCCAAUAUCGUGCAGCCUUAAUCUCUACCUGCUCUAAACUCAGAGGAAACUCUCAUUCCUCUUCAGAUCUCUGCUCCGUGUCUCCAGACGGUUCCUCUUUUGUUACCAAGCACCACUCCUGUCUCAGAGCAACCUCUCCGCUCUCAGCUCCACCCGUGAUUUCAGUUCUUUGUCUCUGAUUUGUCCGGUUAACCAUCUGAUGAACUGAGAGCGAGCUGUGGUGGUAUGGUGGUGCCUUCACGGCCCGGGGAAAGUAGGACACAUUUGUGGUCCACAUUCUCAGUUCUCAGUUUGUGUUGGACUCUAGGGUUGUGUAGGGUUGUGUGUUCAUAGACUGAAGUUUCACACUUUUGGAGCAGAAAUAACAGAACAGGUGCUCUGCUUCACUGACAUGAGAUAAACUGAAGAAACCUGCUGUCUGUGGAGGGAAACAUGAGUCCUGGUGGGUUUUUAGGUCAGAUGUUCAGAGUGUCUCUGAUCACCUGGACUCCUCUAACUGAAGGUGAAGAAGUGUGUUAUUGAAGUGUGUGUUAUUGAAGUGUGUUAUUAGGCCUGUCGCGAUAAUCAAUAAAUCGCCUUAUCGCUCGAUAAAUAAAAACGAGGUCGGUCAUUUUGCCAGCCUCGAUAAUUGACGUGCGUUUGUUUUCCUCCUCUCUCGCUACCAAACACGCUGGAUGAGAGAAGAGGUCUCACUCUGAGCAUUUUUCUCGGCACCUGGGGGCGUUGGCUGUAUAGCGGAAUGAACGGAGUUAGUGAACCCUCCUGUCAGUCAUUCAGUAUCUUUGUCACGGGGGGCGCGCGCAUAGGUACACGUAGGCGCGCACAGGCACACAGACUUUUGGAUACAGUGCUGCAAGUGAGCGUCGUGAGUGAAAAGCAAGCUAACAGAAUGAACACGACAGCUUUGGUGUCUAAACCGAACGCAACAGCCCAAGUGUGGGAAUAUUUCGGCUUUAAACCACUUUUGUUUUCGUCAACCACAAAACUCCACGUGUGUGCGCGCGCGCGCGUGUGUGUGUCUGUGUGUUGGAGGAGCACAGCAGGCUGAUGAGAGCUGUCAGAGCGGACUGAAGCUGCUCCUAUAUGUUUAGCGUUUAACUGACUGAGUUUUGCAACUCUGUUCGUCAUUUUCGUCUCGUCCCAUCAACGUAAACGCACUUUCGUCUCGUCACAUUUUAGUCAUCUCCGACUGAUGUUUAGCUCGUCAACGUUACGUCUUCGUCGUGGGUGAAAUUAAAGUUUGUCACUUUUGUCACGGUGUACUCGCUUUAUUAUGCCAUUUAAUAUCAUUAUCUAUAAUUUAAAAAACGGUGUCAAUAAUAUCGUUUAUCGGCAAUAAUUUGUAGCACAAUUAUCGUCCAGCAAAAUUUGUUAUCGUGACAGGCCUAUGUGUUAUUGAAGUGUGUGUUAAUGAAGUGUGUUAUUGAAGUGUGUUAUUGAAGUGUGUGUUAAUGCAGCUCGUCUGUGUGUGUGUGUGCAGGCUGCAGGUGAAGCUGUCUCUGUCUUCAGUGAGGGGAGCGACUCAGAGAUCACACUCAGAGGUGAGCUUCUCCACACCGUCUGCAGACCUCGGUCUGAGUCUCGUUGUUUCUGUGCCUUGCUAAUUGGCCCCUGUGGCGGUAACUCCCUCUGACUCAUGUGUGUUUAAUUAAAGUUCUCCCAAACUAAAGAGAGAGUGAGCCGUACCUUUAAAAAGAGAGCUUCGAUACACAGAGCUGUCUCUAACAUCAUCUCAGCUGUGACUCUAUCCAUGAGUUUACUAAGGAAACAGCGUUCUCUCAGAGCGCCGGGGUCGUCUUCUUCUUCUUCUUCUUCUCUGGUAUUUCUCAGCUUUUGUUCAGAUCCUCCGGUAAAGGUCAGUAGCUCCAUAAAGUUUAUUGCAGUGACAGUUGUAGUCCAGACCCUUUUGUCAGAGCGUUGGCGUGCAGACUUCCUAUCCUCGCUUUUUCAUCCAGAAUCGUCCUCUCACACUGAAACCAGAUCAGCUUCUGUUCCUGAUAUAAUCACUGAAGCAGAUCAUGAGAGGAUCAUCUCAGCUCAAGCUUCAUGCAUGUUUUUGUCCUCCAUGAUGGACGCACUACUUUUUCUAAAGAGGAGACCAACGCUACUCCUCUACUCUGGGGUUUUUGUUACGGGGUUACGGGGGCGUGGCGUCAUACUCUGACUACGCUGGUCACAUGGUAGAGAAAAUCUAAUUCAGUGUCUUAAUCAGCGUUCUUAAACUCUGAUUAUAGCAGGACUAAGGUGUUCACAUGACCUUCAGUUGCCCGGUCUUUAUCGGAAUAUGGCGAUUAUCGUUUUUCUCGAGUGUCAUGGAAACGGACUGAUUGUUGAGCUCGCACAUGUCCUCCUCAGUCAUGUCUGACAGCGGUGGUUCUGAUUGGUUCUGGUCUCAGGUCAGUCUGCAGACUUGAUCAUCUGUUAGACUAAAGGCGUCUCAGACUCACUGAGGGAAACCGGAGGACUCCACGUUAUGUAAGUCCACUAUAAUGGGAUUCUGCCUCCGCAGCCCUGUGGCUCCCAGCAUGCACUGCAGCCUCCAUUAUUUAUGGGGUUGCCAUGGAGACGGGGCUGGGCCGGGCUGGAGUCUGA